AUGGAUAUCACAUCUAGAUUCAUGAGCAUGAGUAGAGCAAAAAUAAUCAGCAAAAAUCAAACUGAAAUGCCAAUUGAUGGUUUUAAUAAAUCUUCAUAGCAUAUUCAUAAUAUGACAACUACUAUCCUUUAAUUUAUGAAUAUCUAGAAGGACAAAUACACUGCAGCGACUCAUUUGUCAGGCCAUCCUUUCUCAGAUAAGGAAAGAGAUGAGUUUGAUCACUAAGUCUCUUCUUAGAUUGCGAAUUGCUCUGAAAAAAUAAAGGAACUUCAAUAAUUGCAAUCAAAUUCAUAAACUAAAACUGAAUAUGUACAUAAGGAAGUAAUAGUUAGUUGUCUAAUUGCUAAAUUAAAUCAGAUUAUUUUAUUCUUUAGAGAAUUUAAAUAUUAUAGAUAGAAAUAAAAACAAUAAAUUUCAUAAUAUACAAAAAGAUUGAAUAAGAAAAAAGAUAAAAAGUAUAUGAUUGAGUUUAAAACUAAGAGUAUCCUCCCUUUAUCAAAUAGUUAACUAAUUAAUCAUUCUAAAUUAGUGAAUUCAUAAAUUUAAAUGCAAUAUUCGAAUGAUAUCAAUGAAAUAAUUAGUAUCAAAGAAUAAAUAAGUGAUAUUUGUCUGUAUAUUCAGAAUAUGCAAAAUUUAAUAGUGUAUUAAGAAAUGAAAACUGAAGAGAUAUUACUAAAUGCUACUGAGAGUUUUAAGCAUAUUGAAGCAGCUAAUAAUCAUCUUUUCAGCUCAGUUAUAUUGAAUGAGAAAUUAGGUUAACAAAUCGGAUCGUUCUUCUUUUUUAUGGGAAUUAUUUUAUUAAUUUAUGAUUUUAUACAUGCUUGA